AUGGUUCAAAGUCCUGUAAAAAUCGGCGUUCUCGAACGAAAAGAAAGCCAAACGAAUGGAACUAUCACCCAUAAAGAAAGUAAACCAUCGCUCUCGAUAUCCGAAAACCAUGAACAUAACGUCAAAGUUUCUCCACGUGAGAAUUUCUGUUUAUAUUUAUCGUUAACAAUUGGUUCACUUGGUGCUAUCUUUGGUGAUAUCGGUACAAGUCCGUUGUAUGUUAUGCAUACAAUUUUUGCGGAAAAUCCUAGUCCAAAACGAGAACAAUGUAUUGGUGCCGUGUCAUUAAUUUUAUGGAAUUUAAUUAUUGUUGUAACAAUAAAAUAUUCCGGAUUUAUCUUAAUGGCAGAUAAUCGUGGUGAAGGUGGAGCGUUUGCUCUCUGUGGACUAUUAACUGGAGAAAAUAGUCGACUACGUGCUCGUGCUAAACAUAUUAUUAGUAUUAUCUCGAUUUUUGCUGCUUCUUUAUUGAUUGGUGACGGGGCGCUAACUCCAGCUAUCAGUGUGCUAUCGGCAGUGGAAGGCUUAGCAACAACUUCCGUCGAAUUGCGAAAAUGGGUUUUACCAAUCACAGUCUUGAUCAUUAUCGGUCUAUUCGUUGUACAAAUGUUUGGUUCAGGAAAAAUUGGAUUGAUAUUUGCGCCGAUAAUGUUUUCUUGGUUUGUUGUCCUGUGUUCUAUCGGUAUUUGGCGUAUUACAUUCGAGCCAACGAUACUUCGAGCAUUCAACCCAUGGGAAGCGGUUAGUUAUUUAAUUCGAGAAAAACGAAAAGGAUUUCUUCAGCUCGGUGGUGUUUUUUUGUCACUAACCGGUGUUGAAGCAUUAUAUGCCGAUCUAGGACAUUUUGGUCGAUGGCCAAUACGAACAAGUUGGUUAUGUGUUGUUCUACCAUCAGUAAUGUCAAACUAUCUCGGUCAAGGAGCAUUGUUAAUGCAACACCCAGAAGCAAUUUCGAAUCCAUUUUAUAAUGCUGCUCCCAAAUGGGCUCGCUGGCCAUUGAUCGUUCUUGCUACAAUAGCAACUGUUAUUGCUUCUCAAGCAAUUAUCACAGGUGUCUUCUCACUGCUAAGCCAGGCGACAGCUCUUGGUUUCUCACCACCAUUACGAGUCAUCCAUACGAGUAAGAAAGUUAUUGGACAAAUUUAUGUUCCGGCUAUCAAUUGGGUGAUUAUGCUGAUUACGAUAUCAAUCACUCUAUAUUUUCGUACUAGUGAGCACUUAGCGCAUGCCUAUGGUGUUACUGUGUGUUCUGAUAUGCUGAUCACAACAAUACUCUACAUGUGUGUGAUACGUUACGUCUGGAAACGUCAUUGGAUUCGUUCUGCUCUUUUCGGUCUAUUUCUAUUCAUUGAUGGUUUCUUUCUCUCCGCCAAUGCUGUUAAAUUCUUCGAAGGUGGAUGGGUUGCUUUAGUGAUCGCUAUAUUCUUUUUUAUCAUUGGUUUUUCAUGGUACUAUGGUCAAACGUUACUUCGUCAAUAUCUGCAUAGUUAUGCGCAAACAACUGCUCUCUUCCAGUUACCUACUCGUCUUGGCUUUCCAAAUGUAACAAGCGCAGCGAUUGUAGAAACAAGAAAUGAAGAAUUAGAACGAUCAAAAAGUUUACCAUUGGAACGCCAAUCGACUGUAACUGAUUCAGACAAUGGACGUCGAACAAUACCAAUCAUCAAUAUACUCCCACCAUCGGCCACUCUAACGAACGACGAAAGGAAUGAGAGUCGUUCGUCAUCAACUAGUCCGACACAGGAAAACUUAUUUCGAACAAGUUUAACUGGCCAUGUGACGUUUACAGUCACACCUGGCCUUGGCAUUUUUCUUACCACGUCAUCAAGACAUACACCGCACGUUUUUGAACGUGUUCUUGCACGUGUGCAUGCCCUCCCAGAAGUAUCCAUAUUUUUAAAAUUAGAAUAUGCUCGUAUUCCGGUUGUCGACAUUGGUGAACGGUUAAAAAUGCAGAAGUAUGGGUCGGAUCAACGAUAUUUUUAUCAUAUCACCGCACGUUAUGGUUAUUCGGAACAUAAAGUUCAUCUUCUCGAUAUUUUGGAAUUAUCUGCGAAGGAAUAUAGCAUUCCUGUGCCUGAAAGUCGGAAUAUCACAUUUUUCAUUCCUGCAAUUAGUAUUCGAGUCGUCCGAAAGGGGUGGCGAGUUCUUCCAAGUAAACUGAUCUUAUGCAUUUAUUCAUUCUUAAAAAAUAGUUUUCCAUUUGGUCAAAGAAAUAUUCACUUAUCCCCGGAUCAUACAGUUAGUGUUGGAAUGGUUGUACCAUUAUAA